AUGGGCUUCUCCGAUGUCGGCUGUUACGGCGGUGAGAUUGAUACCCCCAAUAUCGAUCGGCUUGCCAGUGAAGGCCUGCGAUUCACUCAGUUCUACAAUGCCGGACGUUGCUGUCCGACGCGGGCCAGCUUGCUCACUGGACGACAUCCCCAUCAGGUUGGCAUCGGUCACAUGACUGAACCGCCCGAGCGAGAGCUUGGCUUCGAGGGGGCUUACCAGGGUUAUCUCAACGACGACUGCACGACGAUUGCCCAAGUCCUGCGCGAGGCAAACUACCACACUCUUAUGGCUGGCAAAUGGCAUGUGGGAAUGCACCGUAGCGAGUCGUUGCCGCUCCAACGCGGGUUUGAUCGUUACUAUGGUUGCUUGAGUGGUGCCUGUAACUACUUCAAGCCGGGUGGCGGACGCGGCAUUACUCUCGGGAACGAAGCCGUGGAGACCGACGAGGAUUUCUACGCCACCGAUACCUUCACCGACUACGCCUGCCAGUUCAUCUCAGAAGCGGUCGCCGACGAUGAUCGCCCCUUCUUUCUCUAUCUGGCUUACAACGCCCCGCACUGGCCACUGAAUGCCAAGUGGGAGGACUUUCAGAAGUACAAAGGCAAUUACAAAGAAGGCUGGGAAGCCCUGAUGAAGCAGCGCCUGGCCAAGCAGAAGCAACUUGGACUCGUCAGCCCCGGCAUCACCCCGGCACCGCAUGUUGGUCCGCCGUGGGAAUCGCUCAGCGAGAAGCAGCGCGACGACCUGGACUCGAUCAUGGCGGCCUAUGCCGGGUGCAUCGACUCAAUUGAUCAGAACAUUGGAAAGCUCACCCAGCACCUCGACGAGCUUAAGCAACUCGACAAUACCAUCAUCUUCUUCCUCUCCGACAAUGGGGCGUGCCAGGAAGGCGGGCACUUGGGGCAAGGAUCGGCCGAGAUGGUGAAAAACCCUCCACUGGAAACCACCGAUGGCGUUCGGCUGGGGCUCGCCUGGGCAAACGCGUGCAACACACCGUUUCGACUCUACAAACACUACGUUCACGAGGGUGGUGCCUGCACGCCGAUGAUUAUCUCUUGGCCCACCGGCAUUCCCGCAGAAAGCCGUGGAAGCUUCGUUCGCCAGCACGCCUACUUGCCCGACAUCAUGGCCACCUGCGUUGAUUUGGCCGGAGCCUCCUAUCCUGAAGAUGUCGGCUCGUGUGAAGGCGAGUCAAUGCUUCCAUUGAUCGAAGGUAGCCAGGCUCCCAUUCAUACCGAACCUGUUUUCUGGGAGCACGAGGGCAACGCCGCCGUUCGUGCGGGCAACUGGAAACUGGUCCGCGAGUACGAGAAGCCGUGGGAACUAUACAACCUGGAUAAAGACCGCACCGAGAUGAAUGACCUCGCGGAGGCCAACCCAACCAAACGCGACAAACUCGUUGCCCUUUGGACCGCUUGGGCUGAAGCCAACCAAGUUGCCUUUCCCAAACGUUUCAGUUCGAGAGCACGAGCUUCUCUGGAGAUCAACUGUAUGAGCCAUGUUGGAACCGAAGCUGGUGCUCUUUCUUUCCAGAUAUUUCCUGUGCAGCGGGUUUUCCUCGCUCUGGCGGUUUUGUGCUCGCUUUCUGGCAUCAUGCAGGCUGACGAGCCUCAACCGCCCAUCGAUCUUGGUCCAGGCAAUACGCAAGCCGAGGGGAUCAACUACGCCAGUGCGGCGGUCACCUACCCCGAUGGAACGCUCGAGGCUUUCUUCCGUCGCAGCCACGCGGGACACGUUUCGAUUUUUCGAGUUCGCUCCACCGACAACGGGCACACCUGGACGGAAGCCGAACCACUUCUGCAUCUACCGGUGGACCCCUGGGGCGGACCGAUGCCGCUGCUCGAUAGCGCGGGAGAACUGCACUUUGUGAUUCCCCGCGUUCGUGGCGAAGGCCGUAACCCUGCGGUCGACCGCUUCAUCGACCUGUACCAUAUUCGUUCGCUCGAUGGCCAAACAAGCUGGAGCGAGCCGCAACGUAUCUUCGAGGGAUACUGUGGCGCGAUUCAAGGAGUGUUUCAACUGAGCAACGGCCGCAUCAUCGCCCCCUUUGCAGAUUGGGUCGCGAAUCGCCCGCGCACCCCACCAACCGGGCCGAGCGAAACAACGUGUGUUUACUCCGACGACGGGGGUAUGACUUGGCUCGAAUCAGAUUCGCGCCUCACCGCCCCUUGUUUCGAGGGAUACAACGGUGGCAACUACGGUGCCUGUGAACCCACAUUGAUUGAACUCUCCGAUGGUCGGGUUUGGAAGUUGAUCCGCACCCAGACGGGCAAGUUGUACGAGUCGUACUCCCCAGACGGCGCCCUAUGGUCGGAAGCGCAGCCUUCAGCUUUCUAUUCCUCAAACUCCCCGGCCUUUCCCAUUCGUCUGAAUGAUGGUCGCAUCGUUCUGUUUUGGAACAACUGCGAGAUGCCUCCUCGUGUGGAUGGCGAUGGAGUGUACGGCGGUCGCGAUGCCCUGCACGCCGCUAUCUCUGACGAUGAAGGUCUUACUUGGCGAGGGUUUCGCGAGGUGUACCGCGAUCCAACCCGAAAUAGCACGCCACCCAAGAAUGGCGACCGCGGCACAGCCUAUCCCCACGCCACGCUCGCCGGUGAUGGCAAGAUCCUACUGGUAUCUGGCCAGGGGGCUGAACGUCGCCGACGAUUUCUCAUCGACCCAGACUGGUUGCUGGAAACCCACGCUGAGGCAGGCAUGAGCAGCCUUGAUGAAUGGCAUGUGUUCAAAGGGUUUGGUCCCGCAGCCCGAUUUUGGCGCGAUCGAACACAAGGCGCACAAUUGGUUCCACAUGCAGACCACCCCGAGAGUUCCCGACUGGUGCUUCACCUUCGCAAGCCAGACGAACGCGAUGCAGAUGGAGCCUGCUGGAAUUUCCCGUCGGCCUCCUCAGGCACAUUGAAGAUACGCCUCCGCUGCGAACCCAACUUCGGCGGAGCCCAAAUCAGCCUGACCGACCGUUUCUUUGACCCCUGCGACGACGCCGGUGAAGCUGCAGCGACGUUCUCCGUUACCAUCGACCCGAUGUAUCAAGUCGCGGCAGAUACAAAACUCACCCCCGGCAGCUGGCACGAUCUUCAACUGAAGUGGAACCGCGACGAAUGCCAGAUCUCACUUGACGGCAAUCCAAUCACGAUCCUCAACACCCAAAAUCCCCCUACCCACGGCCUCAGUUACCUCCGUCUCCGCUCCCUCGCGCGUGAAACGGACAUCAACGGUUUCUACGUGGAGUCAGUCGAGGUCGACGCAACCGACUAG